GUGUUUACAGAAAAAAAAGAGGUUAGAUUUAAAUAUGAAUGUAAACAAUGUUGUUUUCAGCAGAAAUUACGGAUUUUCGAAUAAUACACAAUGUAUUAAAAGCGAUAACAAUGAAAGAUUACGUUAUUUUACGCCCUAUGGCAGAAGGGUUGAAAUUAACUUUAGAUGAAAUGAAAUGCGUAGAAACAUCCGUUUACAUUCCCAAUUCGUUUUUUACUAAUUACAACGUAGAUAAAAGUGAAGAAAUAAUUUUUAAAAUUAGUUUAAAAGUAUUAGUCGACAUAUUGAACAUAUUCGGAGAUGAAGGAAGUCCUAGUUUUAAAUUAUCUUAUGCACAUGUUGGUGCGCCGCUCUGUAUAAUAAUGAAUCAUAUUGAAGAAAAUAUUACGAUUGAUUGUGAAAUACGAACUAUGAACGUCGAUGAUUUUGACGAUGUUAGUUUAGCGGGUGGAUGCGAUGUGAAUAAAUUAGUCAUAAAAGCCGAUAUUUUAACAGAACUUCUAAACAGAUUAAAUAAUUCUGCGGAUGAAUUGAGCAUAAAACUCAGUCCCGAUCCCCCUUAUUUCACUUUAUCAGCAACGGGAAUUGCGGGAAAAUCUGAAGUGAGUAUUUCGAAAAAUUCCGAUGCUGUUACAUUAUUUCAGUGUCAGAAAACUACAACAGCCGUUUAUUACUUCAAUAAUAUUCGUACGGUACUUAAAGUUAUGGCUUACGCAGAUAAAGUGGGUAUUUCAACUGGGGAUUCGGGUUUACUUGGCUUGCAACUUGUUAUCACCUCUGAUGAUAAACAGAUGUACGUGGAAUAUUAUGUAACGUCUCAAUAUUUGGCUGAUUAAGAGAUUUAAUGAUACAUUUUCAUGACAAAUAAUAAAUUUUACACUACCCAAGAGUUAAAUCCUUAUACUAUAGACUGAAUAUUUUUAUUUCUCAAAAUACAUGGUUAAGAAUCAAAUUACUUUAUUACAAACUGCAUCAACAGCUAAAAUAAGAAGUAUUCUGAGAACUCGGGAGUGAAAAGAUCUUCUAUCGAAGCUACAUACUGGAAACGAUAAAUUCAGUUUCAUACUGUCUUUGAAAGUGAAAAGUUUUAUUGAAAAACGAGUUUUUAUUGUAUUAAAACUGAAAAAUUAUGAAGUUUCAAUGUCAUAAGGUGUAUUUACAAACUUACAACCCCAUGUAGGGGUUGUUGCGCUCAAUAAAACAAAAGGAUUACAGUAAUAAUGGUUCCAAGGACGAAGGAGAGUGUCUAGAAGGUGCAGGUUCAUCAUUAGUUGAGACAAUUUAUGGGGAACGUGCCACUUUUCAAAAUUAUGGAGUUUCAACUUCAAAAAGUGUAUCUAUGAAGUUAUAACCCCUUUAUUUCCACAUAGGGGUUGUUGAGCUCAUCGAAACAAAAGGAUUGCAUUGUCAGAAGGGUUCCAAGGACGAAGGAGAGUGUUUAGAUGCUAAAAAUUCAUCAUAAGCUUCUAAUUUAUACUAAAACUUGUGCAAUUAGUAGAAAACUUCUUCAUAUCCAUAUAGGGGUUGUGCAUUCAAUGAAACAAAAGGAUUACAGUGAUUAAAUCCCUUCUAGGAUAAACUAGAGUGUUUAAAUGAUGUAGUUUCAUCAAAAGUUUCUCUGUCAAAUUGCAAACAGUGCAAUUUUCAUAAAUUAUGAGGUCUGAACAUCAUAAAGUGUAUCAACGUACUUAAAACCUCAAGUUGUUUCGGUGGAUUAUGCGUAGUUUUUCUUAAUUAUAAUGUUCCAAUGAUAGAGAAAACCGUUCAAGUUCUGCAGAUUAAUCGUAAGUUUGAUUUCUGUUAUUCUAUAUUAGUUUAAGCCCUUUUCUUCUACCCAUUGUCUAAUAAACUCAUUAUUUUCACUUAUUUUUCAAAUACUAAGGCGAAGGGUUUUAAU